AUGGGCAGAUUCAACUUUGGCAAGAGCGACCCAUCGCCGGUGGACGACAACGUCGAGCGUCGACCAUCAGCAGUCGAGGCAUUGGAGGAUGCCACCCGGAGGAAGAGCGUUGACGACCAUGUCGUCACUGGCGCUGGCGAAAUCACAACCAGACAGUCCAUCAUUCCCGUCUCGCUUGUCACCGUCCUCUUCUUCAUGUGGGGCUUCGCCUACGGCCUCCUCGACGUCUUGAACAAGCACUUCCAGGAAACGCUUAACAUCACUGCUGCACAGUCCUCUGGUCUGCAAGCUGCCUACUUUGGAGCCUACUUCAUCGGCCCGCUCACUUACAGUGGUUGGAUUGUCCGCAAGUUUGGUUACCGAUGGACGUUCAUCACCGGUCUCUGCAUUUACGGCGUGGGAGCUCUGCUAUUCUGGCCCAGUGGUGUUCAGAGGUCGUUCGGUGGCUUCUGCGGUUCCAUGUUCGUUGUUGGCUCGGGUCUGAGUACCCUUGAGACAUCUGCCAACCCGUUCAUUGCUACUUGCGGUCCUCCUAGAUGGAUGGAACUCCGUCUCAACUUGGCCCAGGCCUUCCAGGCUAUUGGUAGUGUCGUAGCACCCGUCCUCGCGUCCUUCGUUCUCUUCAAGAACGUCAACAACGACAGCCUCCAGUCUGUACAAUGGGUGUACCUGGGCAUCGCCUGCUUCGUCUUUGCCCUCGCAGUCGUCUUUUUCUUCGCUCCCAUUCCCGAAAUCACAGACGCCGACGUCGCCGCCCAGUCCGAGAAGACGGAGAACGUCACAGGCUACGUCGACAAGCCGUUCCGCCAGCAGUACACACUCUUCUGGGGCGUAGCAGCACAGUUCUGCUACGUCGGUGCCCAGGUCGCCGUUGCGGGUUUCUUCAUCCACUACGUCACUGAGGUCAAGCCCACUCUCACGACCGCUGACGGCUCCAACCUCCUCGCUGUUGCCCAGGCACUCUUCGCUGUCGGUCGUUUCGUCGCGAGUUUGAUGAUGAAGUGGGUCAAGCCCCGCUGGAUCCUGCUCGGCUUCCUUACAGGCUGCGUGAUCUUCAUCACCGCCUCGAUCCCCACUACCGGCGACACUGCGAUCGCGAUGCUGUGCAUGGUGCUCUUCUUCGAGUCCUGCAUCUUCCCUACCAUCUUUACGCUGAGUCUGCGCGGUCUCGGACGCCACACCAAGCGUGGUGCUUCGUUCCUCGUUGCGUCUGUCUCUGGCGGUGCUGUCUUCCCGCCCAUGCUCGGCGCUGUGGUUGAUGCGCGUAACACCCGUGUUGCUAUGGCGGUACCUCUCGGUGGCUUCCUGAUUGCGUAUUCGUUCCCUGUCUACCUUAACUUGUUUAAGGCGAAGGAGCUCGAUGCGUUCAACGAGUCCAAGGUCGGUGUUGAGCAGACCCCGACUGACAAGGAUAUCGAGGCAGAGCUGUUUGAGGAGAAGGCUGGAGGCGUUGGGCGAGUGGAGAAGGUCUAG